CUGAACACAUGAAUGGCAGGAGAAGACUGUUAGCUGCCUCUGUAAUUUCUGUCCAAAACUCCAGCUUUGUGUAUCCUUCUUGUCAAAACUGCUUUUCUAAGCUGAUAGUAGAUUCUAAUAGGUUUAACUGUCUAAAAUGUGGCUGCACGGGUGAAGCUAAGGAUGCAAACUACAGGUAUAAGCUGUCCCUAAAAGUUGCUGGCACUAGUGAUUUAUUUGACAUUACCGUGUUUGGAAGCUCUUUAGAGCCAUUCUUUGGGGUCACAGCAGGAAGUCUGCAGAGGUAUAUUAAAGAGUUUAACCAAGUAUCAGGAGAGCUGGACAGAGAUGCAUCUCCACGUGUGUUAAUUCAAGCAGUCAAAACUUGUUUCAUUGGGAGAAGAUUUAUAUUUGGAGUGAAGAGUUCUGAAAACCAUGAUGGAUGGCACUCUGUUUUUGACAGCAUUUUGCCAAACUGCUCCAGAAUUAAUAGACUUACAAGAGAUCUUACAGCCUGCCAGAUCUUCCUGCCAAACACUGCUGUUGCCGGCUUUACUGUUAUCAGCUACUUCCAUCGGCUCCUGCAAUCUGCUAAUUUCAGGAGCAGUCGCAGUAGCUCACAGCGACCCGAUUGUCCUUUCAUUGCAAUAGAUCAGCCUAGCAGUGAGCUCAGCAGCUUGUGUAGCUCUGGCAGCAACUCAUGUUUUGUUCAGUCAAGUGGCCGAGAGAGUUUUUCAGGACCCUGGCAGCAGUCCUUUGGCCUGACUUCUUCAUCUGUUGAUUGGGUAACAACAGAAGAUUUUUCAUCUUUAGAACUGGGCAAGGCUGCUGGUGAACAGUGUAAACUACAGGAGAGGGGUUUCUCUGCAGAACUAUGCAGCUUAAGUCCCAGCAACCAAACCAUUCAAGAUUUGCAGCUCUGUAACUCUAUGAAUGAGAGAAAUGAACAGGAAGAUAAUGAAUUUAGUUCACUAUCCAGUAGGUCAAACACAAUCACUGUGACUGAAAAACUAGAGAGCUUCUCUUCUUUAAAGAGAGAAUGGUCACCUGACAGGAACAGCUCCAGGUUGUUACAAAGCCCAUUGGAUUUGGGGGUAAAAUAUUCUUGCCUAGAGAUUAUCAGCAGACAUGAUUACUUGCAAGAAAAAUCUUGGAACUCCUUGCUUUGCCAGAGAAAAGAUGAUUCAUUUUGCUCCUCAGCAGUGUCUCCUAAUCAUGGAAGUGCAGCUGGAACGUCUCAGGAUGACCCUAUGAUUUGGGACGAGCUGCCGUUCUCUGAAAGUCUAAAUGAUUUCAUAGCCAGAAUUGAAAACAACAAGAGCACCAUCUCCCCAGUAGGUCUCAAUGCUCAUAAAUGUUCCCUUCGUGAAAGAAGUGAGUUGGAUGAAAAUCAUAGCAAAACAUCUUGUAGGCAAGGCAUUGUACAUACUGCUUGCAAAUCAACCACCACAACAGGGAGGUCCCCACAACUAGCAGAGAAUAAUGACGUGCUACAGAACAACUCCAAUCAUUCCAAAAGCAGCUACAAUGCUUCUGCUGACCUCUUUGAUGCUAGUGCCAGAGAGAUAGAAACCAUGGUCGAAUUUUCAAAUAAGUCUCGCAACUCUUCAGCACAGGAAGAUGUUUUGACUGAAAAGUACACAGCAUCUGAAUUAGUGUGUAGUCCAUUAGAUGUUGGCUGCAGCUCUUCUGAGUGCAGAUCCUCACUUAGUUUACCACCUCCUUUUGGUAAACACAGUACACCCAUAAGUUACUCACUUUAUGAUUCAGAACUUGAUCUGGUAGAUACCCAGAACUUUGUUCCUUAUUCACAGUCAACUCCUGUUGCAAGACCUCUUCAAAAAUUCAGAUCCCAAAGGGGGAGAGAAUCAGUUCUCCCUAAAUUGACAUCUAAAAGUCCUACUAAAAUCCACUGCAAAUGUAAACAGUCUAGGCCUUCUUUUAAAAAUACUUUAUUAAGACAGUUUACCAGCAAGUUCCUGAAACACAAAAGAUCAAGUAACACAGCCAUCAAUAAGUCUGUUUCACAAGAGUCGUUUAUCAACAGUGAGGUGCCAGAGAAUGAUUCUAAAGAAUGGAUCCCUCCAUCAGCAACAAAAUUGUUACAGCCAGUUGCAUUUUCUAAUUUAAAAACAGUUGGAUUGCAAGCCAGGAGACCAGCUAUCUGCAAACCCAUUGACAAAAAAACUAUUUCUGAAAACAAAGCCAACAGUGGAAAGUCAAGAACUGAUACAUGUUUAAGAAGCAGAAAAUUAAAUCCUAUGAAUAGAGCUGAAAUUCCAACAACUCCUCUACCUGCAAAUGCUGCUACAGCCUUGCUUCUAAAAGAUGCGGUCACUGGAACUUGUGCCUGCUCAGAAACCCAGAAGAGCCAUUCACGUGCAACUUAUUUAGUGGGUGGACUGGAUGAGGCAGUUAGCUGCUGGCAUCUACCCAUCAUCAGCCACUCAGUGCAGUUGGGUGUGACCAUCAGGCUUGGGUGCCUAGAAAUACAUAUUAGCAUGGCUAUUGUAUGUAGAAGACAGACCCACACUUACUGUAAGGUACUGCACAUGCUGCUGGAUAAUGCACGAGGUAUUUACAAUGGUCAAAACUGCAGCAGAGAUCUGAGCGGGCUCCAUGCUUGCCACGCUAUGGCGCCUGCACGGGUAAUCCUGGAAAAAGGGCGCAAAAUGUAG